AUCAAGAAGACAUCUACUGGAUUAUCCAGAGAAGAAUUGCAGAGCCAAGAGGUUGCGAAUCAAGCUCCCAAUAGAAACGUCACUUGGUCGCCUACCCAGGAAUCUAGAUUAGAGAUCAUCAGCAAAUAUCCACACAGAUUUGUGCAAAGAGACUUGGAAGCACAGCCUAGACCAUAUGCGGCCAUCGACUUGAUUGCCAAGGAGCCAGUGAGAUACUUGACUCACGACGAAGGUAACGUAGCUGUCUGUGACGGAAACAGAGGAAGUACAUUGCAAGGCCAUCCUAAGGUGUUUAUCAAUUUAGACCAGCCAAAGGCUCACACCUGUGGCUACUGUGGGUUGAGAUACGCUAAGGAUGAGUUCAAAGCACAAAUCGAAGCAGAAGCCUAA